UCAAAUAUUAUUCUUGUAGCUCUCGCUCUCUUUCCCGCCCUUCUCCGUCCCUCCAGCUCCCAGCACGAUGCAGCCAGCAGCAGCCACACGCUGACAUGAGAUGCGAGUUCACCGGCUCUCGCUCUCUUCCUCCUCCUCCCACCGCCGACCAGCCCCGCUUUACUCCGCUAACGGGAAAAGCGCUUCAGAAACGCGCGCGCACAUUCACACGCACUUCCAGGAAACCAGAAAGACGCUGCGAUUCUUGGCGAAAGGAAACGGAUCGGUCGGCCUUUCUGCGCGCACACUCCUCCCCCCUCCUCCGCCCCGAGCAACUUCCACCACUUUCGACUCCUCUUGAGUAGUCCUAAUCCGGGAGGUAUCCGGUGUGUGUGUGUGUGCCGGGGAGGGGGAUGCGGGGGGGAGAGAGAGAUUAAUUGGCCCAGCCUGGGAACAAGCCUCCCAUCCGGUGCGCCCCAGGCGCGCGGGGCGUUUGCAGACUCUUCUCGGCGCACCGCUUCCCCCUCCCGACCACAACCCGCCCCCCUCGCCGGCGUUGCAAGUAUGGCAAAGGCAGGCGAUCGGACUGGGCUCGGUUUCGGCAGAGGAUCCCGCGAAGGGAAGAGCAUUUUUAAAUUUUGAUCCCCCCCACCCCACCCGUUUUCUCCCUUCCUCUCUUUUCUUCCACUCUUGGAGAGACACACACAGGCACCUCGCUGCUUUCACGCCGCCAAAGAUGCUGCUCCGGUAACCGACUAAGCGUCUCUCCCGGCCAACUGGAGGCGCAAUGGUCCCCCUGUGCUGGUGCUGCCCGCCAGCACCUGCACCAGCUGCGGCGGCCAUGACGGGCACGGCCACAACCUCCUACCACUUCAAGAGUUUCUGUGGGGAGUUUGAGCGGGUGGAAAGCGCCCUGGAACGCCUCGAGGCCAGUGGCUUCUACUGGGGCAGCCUGUCUGGGGCCGAAGCCAAGCGCCUUUUGACCUCCCAGCCGCCCGGCGUCUUCCUCGUGCGAGAUUCCUCCGACCACCACCACCUCUUCACCCUGAGCGUCCGCACCAACACGGGCAUCACCAACCUGCGCAUCCAGCAGCAGGGCUCAGCUUUCCACCUGGAGGCCUUGCCAGGCGCUGGCCACCCCCCGGCCUUCCACUGUGUGGUCCGGCUAGUAGAGCACUAUCUGUGCCUGGGAGCAGUAGAAGGGGGCCCCUGUUACCUGGAGAGGGAGGGGCAGCCCCCAGUGCCUUUGGCCCUCACCCAUCCUCUCUGCUGCAAAGUGCCCACCUUGCAAGAGCUGAGUCGCCGGGCAGUGCGUGCCAGUAUGAGGGGCAGAGGCGAUGCCAGGGCUCAGCUGCAGGGGCUGCCAGUACCGCAGGGACUCUUGAACUCGCUGUGCACCUGAAAGGCUCUUUUCCUUCCUAACAUUCCUUGUACAGUACAUAAGCAGGCCUGUCUGCACAGUGUAUUGCUGGGGGCGCCUGUUUAUCAUUAUAUUUGUGGAAUAAACCAACUGGUAUACUGGG